GAGUAAAAUCUAAAAUAAUUAAAAUUUAAAACCUAAAUUACUAUAAAAAUCAUGAAGCAAUACUGUUCUAUCUGUCAAGUUAAAUACAAUAAAUAACAAAUUCUAACUAAUACUAACUGCUAACUUAAUUAAAUAUAUAUAAUUGUCGCUGCUUGAAUUUAAUAGGGUUGAUGUAGGUUACUUGAUUUCAAUAUUCAAACUUGUAAACAAAUUAACCUAGCAAGUAGGUAGGAGUUAGCACGUUUGAACAUUUAAAUGUUCUUUUACCAAUCUAAUUUAAGCAAGGUGAUACAAAGUGCAUAGGUAUAUUUAAUAAAGUGACUGUACACUAUACAUGCCGAGAAUGAAUAUCGUAUUAUAAUAUAAAUGAUAAUAAUACAAGUCUAACCUCAAAAUAUUAGCAAAACUAUGGAAACUCAAGAUGAAGUUACUGAAUCUGGACCCGUCGAAAAUGCUUGGGCGUUGAAAAUACCCAAAUUUACUCCCGAAGAUAACCCCCACGGACUCCUUGAAGAAAGUAAGUUUGCAACACUGUUCCCAAAAUAUCGGGAACAAUAUCUAAAAGAAUGUUGGCCAUUGGUACAAAAAAUCCUAAGUGAACAUCAUAUAGUUGCUGAAUUAGACUUAAUUGAAGGAAGCUUAACUGUUAAAACAACAAGGAAAACUUGGGAUCCAUACGUCAUAAUAAAAGCUAGAGAUUUUAUGAAAUUGUUAUCUCGGAGUGUCCCGUUUGAACAAGGUAUGCGAGUUUUAGAAGAUGACAUUGGGUGCGAUAUUAUAAAAAUUAAUUCAUUUGUUAGAAAAAAGGAAACCUUUUUAAAGAGGCGUCAACGUUUAAUUGGGCCUAAUGGUGUCACUCUUAAAUCAAUUGAAUUGCUUACUGAAUGCUAUGUUCUUGUUCAAGGCAAUACUGUUUCAGCAGUUGGCCCUUACAAAGGGUUGGUUCAAGUAAGAAGAAUAGUAGAGGAUACAAUGAAAAAUAUUCAUCCAAUGUAUAAUAUUAAGAGUCUUAUGAUUAAAAGGGAAUUGAUGAAAGAUCCACGUUUAAAAAAUGAAAGUUGGGACAGAUUUUUACCGAAAUUCAAGAGUAAAAAUGUCCCAAGGAAGCAACCUAAAAAGAAAGUUACUAAGAAACCGUACACACCCUUCCCUCCACCUCAACCUGAAAGUAAUAUUGACAAAGAACUUGCAACAGGAGAAUAUUUCCUUAAAGCUGAGCAAAAGAAAGCAAAACACCAACAUGAGAAAGAAGAGAAACAACAGCAAGCCAAGAAAGCUAAAGAAGAAGCUAGAAAGAAAGAUUUUAUUCCACCAGAAGAAAAUAAGGUGGAUUUAAAGAAAACCGUUGAAUCAAAUGUUAAUAUGAAUGAGUUUAAAGCUAAGAUGAAGAAAGCUGUUAAGCAGAACAAAGGUUUUUUAAAUGUUAAAGAAAGUUCUAGUUGAUUUGAUUAAUAAAUUAUUAUGUAAGUCUA